AUGUCUAGUUCGAAAGAUUUUGUUGUUUACCAACAACCGUUUGUAUAUUUCGAACCCAUUUAUACGGAUUUGGGAAAACAAAAAAAACCAUUUUUUUUACCGGUACUUCAACAGGAAUAUUAUCCGUACGAAACAUUACCGGUACCUGAUAGUUACUACUACUCACCUACUACCGUUUUUGAAUACCCGAUCAAAAAUCCAGAAGGUGUAACGGAUAAGAUAACAAUAGAAACAUACGAACCGAAUAAUUAUCAACGUAAGGAAAAUGUUAUCGUGCAAGUUGAACAUAAUUUUGUAACAACCGGUCAAAAUUUAUUACCGGAAACUCAACAACAAAUCAUUUAUCAUCAUCAAUAUCCGGAAUAUUUUAUUUGA